GGGUUGUCUCCCAUGAAAGAUGUCUGCGCCCAUAAGACGAUGUUACAAAAUAAUAAGAAUAGCUGUAAUACCCAAAUCACGGCAAUAUUCAUCCACCGUGUCUGGUAGAGAUGUGUAUGACUUGGUUGUUAUUGGUGGAGGAUCUGGUGGAUUAGCAUGCUCUAAAGAAGCUGCCCAUUUUAACAAGAAAGUUGCUGUAUUGGAUUUUGUAAAACCAUCUUCACAAGGUACAAAAUGGGGCCUGGGAGGAACCUGUGUAAAUGUGGGAUGUAUACCCAAAAAGUUGAUGCACCGUGCUGCAUUGUUAGGGGAAUCUAUCCAGGAUGCCAGUGUGUUUGGAUGGAAUGUUUCUACAGACGUAAAGCUUGACUGGAAUAAGAUGUCUGAGCUAGUACAGAAUUAUGUAAAAUCUUUAAACUGGGGCCACAGAGUACAAUUGAAAGACAAAAAUGUAGAAUAUAUCAAUGCUUAUGGAACAUUAGUAGAUGCCAAUACCAUUAAAUAUGUAGAUAAUAAAGGAAUAGAGAGGCUGUUGACAGCCAAGAAUAUUGUGAUAGCUUCAGGAGGAAGACCACAUAUUCCAGAGGAGAUUCCAGGAGCAUUAGAACACAGUAUUACCAGUGAUGAUAUAUUUUGGUUAACAAAACCACCAGGAAAGACAUUAGUAAUUGGUGGAAGUUAUAUAGCCUUGGAGUGUGGGGGAUUUCUGACAGGAAUGGGCUUUGAUACAACUGUAAUGGUCAGAUCUAUAUGUCUACGACAUUUUGACCAGCAAAUGGCAAGGCUUAUAGCAGAUUAUAUGGAAAAUCAUGGAACAAAAUUUCUGAAAAAGUGUCGUCCACAAAAAAUAGAAAAAUUAAGUGAUGGAAGAUUAGAAGUAUCUUACACAGAUAAGAAAGGAAACACAAGUUCUGAUAUAUAUGACACAGUAUUAAUGGCUGCAGGCAGGAAACCAGAAACAUCAGGGAUAAACUUAGAAUCAGUUGGUGUUAAAACAGAUCCAGAAACCAAUAAAAUAAUAGGAAACUAUGAGAAUGACCAUGAAAGAAGUUCUGUGUCAAAUAUUUAUGCUAUUGGAGAUGUCUUACAUGAUAGACCAGAACUGACUCCAGUGGCCAUAAAAGCUGGACGAUUGUUGGCUGAGAGACUGUUUAAUGGAUCAAAAGUGAAAAUGGAUUAUGAUAAAAUACCUACCACUGUGUUCACACCAUUAGAAUAUGGAGUUGUUGGCUUAUCUGAGGAUGAGGCUAUACAGAAGUUUGAUGAAGAUAGUAUUGAGGUUUAUCAUGCAUUUUACAAACCACUUGAAUUUGCUCCAGUUGGGAGAGAUGUGUCACAGUGUUAUAUAAAGGUUAUUUGUAUGAGAGAUGGAGGAAAAGUGUUAGGUAUACAUUUUCUGGGACCAAAUGCUGGAGAGGUUAUACAAGGCUUUGCUGCAGCAGUAAGGUGUGGAAUUUCUUGGCAUGACUUGUCCAGAACUGUAGCAAUUCAUCCAACUAGUGCUGAGGAAGUGGUCAAAAUGACCAUUAAUAAAAGGUCAGGCCUUGACCCUACUGUCACUGGUUGCUGAGGUUAAAGUUCACUCCUUUUACUAUUUACUAUCCUCUGAUAAUGUGCGAAUCUCUUAAGUGUGUAUUAGGAAAAUGUUUUUAAGUAUUUUUGUAUGAGGUAUGCAAAUGGUUUUUAUAUGUGCAUGAACAAGAAUUUAAAAGAGAUAUUUUAUAUGAAGUUAAUUUAAAAGUAUGAAUAGGAUGAUGCAUGUUGUGUAUUGUAUAUAAGACAAAGCAAUUACCUUAUUUUUAUUAUGCCCCACCUACGAUAGUAGAGGGGCAUUAUGUUUUCUGGUCUGUGCCUCCGUUUGUUCGUCCGUUCUUUCGUCCCGCUCCAGGUUAAAGUUUUUGGUCGAGGUAGUUUUUGAUGAAGCUGAAGUCCAAUCAAUUUGAAACUUAGUACACUUCUUGCUUAUGAUAUGAUCUUUCUAAUUUUAAAGCCAAAUUAGAAUUUUGACCCCAAUUUCACGGUCCACUGAACAUAGAAAAUGAAAGUGGGAGUUUCAGGUUAAAGUUUUUGGUCAAGGUAGUUUUUGAUGAAGUUGAAGACCUAACAACUUGAAACUUAGUACACAUGUUCCAUAUGGUAUGAUCUUUCUAAUUUUUAUGCCAAAUUAGAUUUUUUACCCAAUUUCACGGUCCAUUGAACAUGGAAAAUGAUAGUGCAAGUGGGGCAUCCGUGUACUUAGGACACAGUCUUGUGUACAUUGCUUCAAAACCUGUUUUAAGGACAGACAGAGCAAUGGACUGUUGCCUGCCAUCUGUUUAUUUAUGUAUUUUAUUUAUUUCAACCAUUAAAAGAUAAAGCAAUCUGAUUAAAACUAGAUCUUUCACUUUGUUUAUUGCUUUUAUAAGAUCUGAAACCAACCUUUAUUUGAACAAAAGCAAUCAUGCAAUAAAAAAUUAAAUGGGGCUAAAAUUUGUGUCUACUUCUAUUAAAUUUUGUUGUAACACUGAAAAUUUGAGUCACAUUUAUAUACUGUUAUAUACAUUUAUAGUCAAAGUUUGACAGAGUGUAUAUACUGUCCAGAAGUAGUGGCUUUUGAAUAAUUGGGGGAAAAAACAUUAAAAUAUCCAUUGUACAAAAACAUUUGUUAAAACAAUUUGUAUGCUGAGUGAGAGGGAAAUGUCCAGUUUUUGUGUGAUUGUAUCUUUUAUAAUUUAGAACAUAUGGAUGCAUGUCAUUGUGGAUGCUAAAAAGUUGAUAUAAACUGAUUUUUUAUCUAUUAAAAGACUACUUUUCUUUCAAUGGUUCAUUAGAACAGGAUUCUUGUGUUGUCAUUUUGUAUUUUGUAUAAAUACUAUUUUUGUAUACCUUAUUUGAUUUACUGUUAUCAGAGGAUGUGUAUUAGGAGUGUAUCUUUAUUAUUAUAUGUUUAUCCUGCAUGACAACUUUACCUUAAGGUGCUACCAUAGCAACAGGUAUAGUUUGAUGAAAGGAUAAUUCAAAUUCAGUCAAUCAAAAUCUAUAUUUCAAUUCAUUACUACAUUCCUUUAUUCUAUGUGGAUUCAUUCAUUUGUGAAUUAUGGAUAACUUGCAUUUUUGUGGAUAUUUGAUUUUCAAAGUCUGCUUGCAAACCAACAGACAAUAGUUUAUUCGUUUUGUAGUGACUUUAGUGGUUCACCUGUGCCAAAGGAAUCUACCAAAAAUUGGUAUUCCAUGAAUAAAGAUGAAUCCACAGUCUGGAUUUCCUCAAAAUUUUACAAUUUUUUAAUCCAAUGAACAAAUGAUUAUACAAAAGUAUUAUUUGAUAUAUUUCAGUUGAGACCACCCUUAGAUCUUUGUGAUCUAAUUUUUUCCAGGUAUAUGACCAUUUAUCACAUUAUUAUCAUUUUACUGUCUCAAAACCAGUCAUUUUGUCAUUUUACUGUAUAUAGUAAUUAUGAAACAAUGUAUUUUGAAUUAUCUGUUAUUUAAGAAUUGAAUGCUUCU